UUUAUAUUAAUUUAUCCUCUAUGUGUAAUAUUCAAUUUUUUCCAUGAAGCAGAAGCAAACAUCAUGGCUCGACGAUGCAAGUUGCGGAAAGGGAAUUCCAUCAAUAUUAACUUGGAAAAUGAGACUAAAAAUAAUGUUAACCAGAACUUUCAAGAAACUCAAGAGUUACACCAAAAUCAGGCUUCAAAUUUUCAAGGGAAUACUAGUCAGAAGACAAUGAGGUAUCAUUAUGAAGGCCAUUUUAUAUUUUCACCAAAUAGAAUAUAUGAAAAUGGUAGGUUCAUGGAGAAACCUAAUUUUGAUGUUGAUUUCAUCUCAUUUUUUGAUAUAUUGGAUGACUUGAAAAAGGAUUGUGGAUUUGAUGUUAUAAAAGGAGAUAAAUUUUAUUACUUAUAA